GCGUAGUUUCCUAGGCGACCGUUAGGCGCCUCGGAUGCAGCCGAAACACCAGCGUUGCAGCGACCGCGUUGGCGAUGGCGCACGAAGGCUCGAGGCAGGAGAGGCAGGUCCGAGACCGCGGGGUGACCCGGUCCAAGGCGGAAAAAGUGCGACCGCCCACCGUGCCAGUGCCGCAGGUGGAUAUCGUGCCUGGGCGGCUCAGUGAGGCCGAGUGGAUGGCGCUUACAGCCCUGGAGGAGGGCGAGGAUGUGGUAGGGGACAUCUUGGCCGACUUGCUGGCUCGAGUCAUGGACUCUGCUUUCAAAGUCUACCUGACUCAGCAGUGCAUUCCAUUCACCAUCAGCCAGGCGCGGGAGGCCAUGCUGCAGAUCACGGAGUGGCGCUUCCUGGCCCGGGACGAGGGAGAAUCUGCAGUGGCUGAGGACCCCACAUGGGGUGAGGAUGAGGAGCCUUCGGCAUGCACGACGGACUCCUGGGCUCAGGGCUCAGUGCCCGUGCUGCACGCGCCCACCUCAGAGGGCCUGGAAAACUUCCCAGGUGAAGUACACUCCUCAGGAGCCUCCUCGUACUCCUCUGCCCUUACUCCUGCUCUACCCUUUCCGACAUCUCACUGCCCGAGCGCAUUUUCCCAGGACCCUGGGGGCGUGGACCAGAUCCCCUUAGGAAGGUCGUGGAUAGGUCGAGGCUCCCAGGAGCAGAUGGAGUCUUGGGAGCCUUCUCCAGAGAUGAGAGUCACCUCGGCCCCUUCUCCCACAUCGGAGCUGUUUCAGGGGGCAGGGCCCGGAGGUCCUGUAGAGGAAGCGGACUGCCAGUCCAGAGGCCGCCUCUCCUCGGCUGGGUCCUCGAGUGUGAGCUUCCAACUGUUGGUGGAGAAGGCGCCUGCCGACGAUGCCAACCCGUCUUUGGAGCCGUCCGUGGUAGCCAGCCCCCAGGCCUCAACCGAGAUGGCACAGCCCCUUGGCUCCCAUUUGUCAUUGGAGGACCUCUACUGUUGCAUGCCCCAGCUGGACGCAGCUGGGGAUCAGCUGGAGCACAAGUCAGAGGGGGUACUCCGCCUCGCCUCGGGCUUGUGGGUGUCCUGCCCCUCUGUGGGCGGCACCACGCGCCCCGCUGCAUCCUUCCAACAGCAGCAGGCCGGGCCCUCGGAUGUGCAGCUGAGUGCUGAGCACCACGGGAUGCCCUGCAAGGCAGCCUUGAAGCGCCUAGACCCUGCGCGGCUCCCUCGCCACUGGGUGCGCCCCCUGGCCGAGGUCCUGGUCUCAGACUCUCAGAAACGCCCGUUGGAAACUUACCACGGGCACCAGCGGGGCAAGAAAACCAAGGCCCGGGCCGAACCCCAAACCCCCAGCCCCGGCACCCGCGUCUCCCCGGCAACGUUCUUCCCUCUCCAGCCAGGCAUUCCUUUCUGUGCCUCGGACUCCGGCCCCACACUCCAGUUCCCCACUUUAAACUUAGGCCUAUCGUCGCCAUGCUUCCGGUCAAAGCUACCACUCCCCGGCUCUGGGAUCCGCCUCCUCACCACACACCCGGUAUUCCCUGAUGUGGUCUGCAGCCCCAGCCCCAAGCUGUGGCCCAGUGCCAGGUGGCCCAGCGGUUGGGAGCAGGGGGCCGAGCUGCUGGGCGAACUGUGGGCUGGCCGAACCUGCGUGCCUCCACAGGGUCUGAAGCUGGAAGACAGGGAGGGCCAGGACUCUGGCAGAUGGCCUCAAACCACACCCCAGGUCCUUGAAGCCACUUCCCAGGUGAUGUGGAAGCCUCCGUUGCUGCCAGAAGCCAUGAAGCUGGCCCCUGGCGUGAGCAUGUGGAACCGGAGCACCCAGGUGCUCCUCAGCUCUGGUGUGCCUGAACAGGAGGACAAAGAAAGUGAUACCUUUCCUCCCGUUGAGCAACAACCCAUCCAGACAGGUCCCCCAAAGCCCCAGGUGACCGUGGCACAGCUAUUGGAGAACUCAGUCCCCAAAGUGUGGUCAUGCCCUACUAAGCCCUCUGCCUCACUCUGA